UCAGUCUCUCCCGCGCUGCUACAAAAUUCCACGUCAGUUUUGUUGCAUUCUCCGUUAUGUCCUCUAUUUUUUUGUAUUCCCAUUACCUCAACUCGUGCGAAAACCUCUCAGGUUCCCCUAAUUCCCCUUGAUAAUUAAAUAAAACCGCACGACACGUGAACAGCAUCAAAACCAUGAAGUACUUGUCUUCUUAAAGAACAGCCGAAGCUUCAGACUAGAAUACUUCGUUAAUUUUUUUUUCUCGAAUAAUUAUCUCGAGUAAUUAAUGACUGACUGUCCAGUAAUUAGAAUAUGGGGUAUUGUCUGUUGCCGGUGUGAUCAGAAAACACACCCAACAAUACCCAGCCCCCUUGAUCAGUGAUUGUGUUGCGCAAUAGUGAUCCAGUGUUCAUAAUAAUAAUAGAGGAAGUGCAAUUGAAGAAGUGAGUGAGAAAUGUCGGAUACGAAGGCAUCAGGCCUCCGGCCACCUUCCAAGAUCGGCAGGCCAUGCUGCACUGUCGAGCCCAAGCCUGCGGUACCACCUUCACCUCCAAGAUCAUCAAUGAACUCCAUGGAGCCAAUUUAUGAGAACGUAAGACGCAAGGAGACCGGAGACCUGCGUCGAGGAUCAGAUACGAGUGUGGUGUUGACGGAAGACACCGACAGUUUCAUAAUUGGAGAUCGAGUAUGGGUCGGUGGGACGAAGCCCGGCUCCAUCGCCUACAUCGGAGAGACCCAGUUUGCUCCUGGAGACUGGGCUGGAGUUGUCCUGGAUGAGCCUAUCGGAAAAAACGAUGGCUCGGUGGCUGGCUCUCGCUACUUCCAAUGUGCCCCGAAGCACGGAAUAUUCUCACGUCUCACCAGAUUGACCCGGUAUCCACUCCAGGAGAGCCUGAUGUCACCACCUGAACUGAAGACACCACCUGCCAACAAAACAGUCUCACCUUCAUUGAAUGUUUCGAUGACGAGUUUAUCCUCAACGACCUCACGGGAUUUGAAGAUCGGGGAUCGAGUUAUUGUGUCGUCGAGCCAGGGGAGCAAGACCGGGGUGCUGAGGUACCUCGGGGUCACAGAGUUUGCGGCUGGAGAAUGGUGUGGAGUCGAGCUGGACGAGCCCGUUGGGAAGAAUGAUGGAGCGGUUGGAGACAAAAGGUAUUUCGAAUGCAAGCCGAAGCACGGCCUCUUCGCCCCGUCGCACAAGGUCUCCCGGUCGCCCUCCAGCAAGCGCUCGUCCCUCUGCGUCGUGCACAAGCCCACCGGUGCCUCCCUCAACUCGUCCUUCCGUAAAACCGGAUCUCGAGAAUCCCUGACCUCCGUCUCCAGCGUGACGUCAGCCUCGACGAGUGUCAGAGGAGUCACCACCGCCAGGAGGGUGAGGGCGUCCACACCUGGACAGAGUUCUCUCCAGGAAAUGUUGAAGGAAAAGCAGCAGGAGAUUGAGAUGCUGAGGAAGGAGAGGGAUCUGGAGAGAGAGAGGAUCACCAAGGCUGCUACACAGGCAGAUAAUGCCGAGCAAUCGAUAAUUAAUUUGAAGAUGGAGUAUGAUAAGUACCGAGACGAAAUGGAGAAGACCGUCAUCGACGCCCAGGCAGCCCUUUCCCAGCUCCUCGAGGAGAAGAAUAGUCUCCAAUCGCAGCUGGAGGAGGAGAAACACAAGUGCGAGGACCUUCUGUUUCGAUUUGAGGAGGAAUCAGUGAAUAAAGAAGACAUUCAGAAGGAAAAGACUGCACAGAGCGUGGUAAACAUCCAGAAUGAGGAGAGAAUAACCGCUCUCCAGAAGGAGCUCUCUGAGGAAAGGGAGCGAGUCAUCCAACUCGAGAACGAUAACUUGCGUCUCUUCGAGGCUGAGGAGGAACUAGUAAAGCUCAAAGUUGAAUCAAAUGCCUUAUCAGAACUGGAAAAUGCGAAUCUCUGUCUCAAAGAAGCGAAAAUCACUCUGGAAAAUCAAAUGUUGGAGCGAAACAACACGAUUUCCGAGCUUUACUCACAGAUCUCAGAACUCCAACAAAAGCUCAAAAAUAGGGAAGAGAUUGAAGAGUCCCACAUCGAAAAGCUCUCGGAAAAUUUGAGUAAAACUGUAGAGGAAAAGAACUCCAUAAUCUCGAAGAUCACGGAGGAAAAUGCAGUGAAAGCUCAGACGAUGGCUCAGGACAUAGGAAAACUGAAGGAGAUCAUUGAGACUCUCACAAAAGAAAACUCAAACUCCUUAGAAACCCAGAAAAUCGAGCUCAGGAAAUUGCUCGAGGAAAAGGAAAACCUGUCGGUGGAAAAUUUUCGGAAAAUUGAGGACUUGAUGAGUCAAAAGUCCCAGUUGGAGCAGUUACUCGAAGAGAAAGAAACGGUUUCAGUGGAAAAUUCGAGGAAAAUCGAGGAGUUCGAGAAAAUUGUGACCGAAAAGUCUCACAUGAUGGACCAAGAGAAGGAAAAAUCAGGGAAAAUUCUCGAGAGAAAUUCAGAGCUGGAAGAAUUACUGGAAAAACUGGAAAAUGAGAUGAAGAAUUUGAGAGUUGAAUUGAACGAGAAAAACGAAAAAUUAGAGAAAAAUUCCGGAAAAAUUCAGGAGUUGGAAAAAAUUUUGACUGAAAAGUCUCAGAGGAUGGAUCAGGAAAAGGAAAAUUCGGAGAAAAUUUGUGAGAAAAAUUCAGAGUUGGAAAAAUCACUGGAAAAUGUGGAGAAUGAGCUGAAGAAUUUGAGGGCUGAAGUGAUUGAGAAAAACGGAAAAUUGGAGGAAAAUGCGAGGAAAAUCGAAGAGUUAGAGAAAAUUGUGAGUGAAAAGUCUCGGACGAUAGAUCAGGAAAAGGAAAAUUCGAGGAAAAUUCUUGAAAAAUCUUCAGAGUUGGAAAAAUCUCUGGAAAAACUAGAACAUGAGAUGAAGAAUUUGAGUGCCGAAUUGACCAAGAAGAACGGAACUUUGGAAGAAAAAUCUGCAUUAAUUACAGAAUUGAAUGAUAAAUUUUCCGAAGUUUCCAAAAAUCGUGAUGAGAAAAUUGUCGAGUUGGAGAGGAUGGGAAAAUUAUUGGAAAAUCAAGGAGAGGAAAAUAGAAAAUUGGUGCAAGAGGUGAAGAGUAAUUCCGGAAAAUUCUCGAGUUUAGAUCAGGAAAUUAAUUCUCUGAAGUCUGAGUUGAGCGGGAGAAAUGAGGAAAUUAAUAGUAUGACUGAGACAAUGGCUGAGUUGAGGGAUAAUAUCACAAUUUUCGAGCAGACAAAGACGAAUUUGGAGAGUGAAAUGAAAAUGCACGAGUCGACAAUUUCCGAAUUGAACAAGAAGGUGAAAUUUUCUGAAGAGAAAAUUCAGGAGUUGAUUGCGGAAAAAGGGAAGUUGGAGGAGGAAAUUUCGAGGGUCAUUUCGAGUUCUGAAGGGUCUUCUGAGCAAUUGAAGCAGUACAAUGAAGAGUUGAGGCUGAGGGAGAAAGAAAAUGGGAAAUUGAAGGAGAAAAUCUUCGAACUGGAAAAUUCGGUGGAAAGUUUGCCAGGAAAAUUGAAGGAAAAUGCGGAAAAUCUCGGGAAAAUCCAGGAAAAACUGGGCAAAAGUGAGGAAAAUGAGUGGAAAUUGGUGGGAAAAUUGAAGGAAAACGAGGAGAAUUCCGGAAAACUCCAGGAAAAAUUGAGAGAAAAUCAGACAAUGUUUGAAAAUUUAAGUGGAAAACUCAAGGAAAAUGAAUCUGAACUCCAGAAAAUGCUGGAGAAACUGAAGGAGAGCGAAGAAAAAUACGGAAAACUCGAUAAAACUGAAGAAAUUCUCCGGAAAACCGAUGAAAAAUUGCGAGAAAGCGAGGAAAAUUCCGGAAAACUCAAGGAAAAGUUGAAGGAAACAGAAGAAAACCUGAAAAUUGUACAUGGAAAAUUGCAGGAAAAUUCGGAAAAUUCCUCAAAAUUGAUCGAUGAAAUCAAUUCCAAAAACUCAAAGAUCGAAGAAUUGACUCAUAAAAUCCUGAAUUCCGAGGAAAAUUCUGCGAAAUUGACUGAAGAAAAUGAGCAGCUAGUCAAGAAAAUUUCAGAUCUCGAGAGGAAAACCGAAACUCUCGAGAGAAGCCUGGAAAAUUCCACUCAACUCGAGGCCUCAAACGUGGAACUGAAGAAUUCCGAGGAUAAUCUCAAGUCAAAAAUCGAAGAAUUAAACGAUAAAAUUCGAGAAUUGAUCGGAAAAGUCGAUGAGAAAACCUCAGAAUCCUCGAGUCUCUCAUCAGCCCUGGAAACCGCAACCCAGGAUCAAAAGAAAUCUCAGGAAAAGAUGGAGGAACUGAACAACGAAAUAAAUUCCCUCAGAGCAAAACUGAAAUCAGCAAAGGAAAGCUCAGAAAAGCUCACGAAAAUUCUCCGGAAAACCGAGGGGCAAAAUUCGGAAUUAUCACAAGCAGUAGAAGCCCUGGAAGUUACCCAAAACAAUUACAAAAUUUCCCAGGAUAAAAUCGAGGAACUCAACUCAGAAAUUUUCUCCCUCAAGGCUCAAUUAAUUUCCUUCGAUUCAACUUCUCACAAAUUAAAUGAAUUAGAGGAAAAAUUAUCCCAGAAAACUCAAGAAAACUCCGACUUAUCUCGGAAAAUUUCUGAACUAUCGACGAGUGAAGCAGAACUCAAGACCUUGGGCUCAGAAAAAUCCAGAGUUGAAGAGAAUUUCGAGAGAAUUCUUGAGGAAAAAUCAGAGGUCGAGGAGAAACUCAAGAAAAUUGAGACUGAAAACGAAGAGAUGAAGAACUCCUUGAGCCUGAAGUCAACAAUGAUUGACGAAUUAGUGAGUGUCCUGGAGACGUUGAAGUCAUCGGAGAGUGAGUCGAUGAAGAAUCUGGAGCUGGAAUUCUCCAAGAAGUUCGAAGAAAGCUCAGAGAAUCUCUCGAGGACGACUGAGGAGCUUAAGACGCUCAAGAAAACCUCUGAAACUGCCGAAUUGAGUCUGAAAGCUGUUCUUGAGGAGAAUGAGAAGCUCAAGAAGAUUAUCGAGAGCUCAGACGCUAGGAUUAAAGACCUUGAGUCGAGGAAACUCGAGAAAAACUCAGAAUUGAAUACGAAAAGUCAAAAACUUGAGGAGAAAAAUUUGGAAUUAAAUUUCAGAAGUCAAAAACUUGAGGAGAAAAAUUUGGAAUUGAAUUCUAGAAGUCAAAAACUUGAGGAGAAGAACUUAGAACUGCUCAGGGAAAAUCAUAAGCUAGAGCAGAAGAACUCAGAGAUGAACUUGAGACUGUCGGAGGUUCUGGGGGAGAUCAAGACCCUGAAGGAGAAUUCUAAUAAUAAUUUGGGGGGACUUGAUGAGAAGAUCCAGAGCAAUGGGGAGACGAAGAACAUGGAGAAGAUCCUGGAGGACAAUGAGACGUUCAAGGGUCAGAUCGACUUUCUGAACUCGGUGAUAGUGGACAUGCAGAGGAAGAACGAGAGUCUCAAGUUGAAGAUCGAGGUCCUGGAGAUGGGGGUGCCUGCCAGCGAGGCUGAUGAGUACUCGAGGGAGACUCUAGAGAAGGUUUUGGCCCCGAGGAUGUUCUGUGAUAUUUGCGAUGAGUUUGAUCGGCACGAGACUGAGGACUGCCCCAAGCAGGCGCAGGACUUCGAGUUGGAGAAGCCGGUGAAGAGGACGCCGGUGAAGGGGACGGUGGAGAGGGUUUAUUGCGAGCAUUGCGAGAUGUUUGGUCAUGACACAGCCGAUUGUGACGACGCCGAGACCUUUUAAUCACCGAGCCCAUUGAAAUUAAAAUCGAGCUUCGCUUGCCAGUACUGAAAGCCCCUAGGAAAUUCAAUUACUCAAUCCGAGAAUGCGUUGAAAUUUUCAAAGUAUAUUUUUAUAUCUCGUUAGAUUAUCCCCCAAACAAUUGCCCUCUUGUCUUCCCAACUAAUUUCCGUAGCUGUUUCGUGUUAAUCGUCGUUUGUUCAGAGACUGUAGUUAAUUUAAACCACUCUCUCCAAGGAUUGAGAGUGAAAAACGUUCGCUUGCCCAUUUUUUAAAUUAAAUUCUACAAAGAAGUUGAUGACAUGGUGUAAAUAGAAGUAAGAUCGAUCUAUUUAAUAUUUAUUAUGACUUACGUGUACAUAAGAAUCUGUUAUCAUGUUCCUUGCACGCUGAGAUUCGUUGGAGAAUUUUCGAAUUUUGCACAAUUUGAGAGAUGAAAACGUUUUGUAGAAUUUUAUCAAUAAAAUAUGGUUUAUUCACAA